AUGCAUAAAGAAGAACAUUCCGUAAGCGAUAAUUCCACAGACUUCUUGGAUACAUCAGACAGCUCAGCAUUUGAUACAGAGACGCUUGAGGAAAGCGAAGAUCUCGAAAGGAACAAAAAAGCAGGAAGAGGCAGGCCCAGAAAAGUGUCGAUAGAUGCACACGAGCAGAAAAGGCCCAACAUCGCCGAUCAUGCGGAUGCUGUUCAGGCACUCCUUAGGGGCCUGGAGCAGGAGGUGGACACGUCUCUGGACACGCCCCUUACGCGCUCGGAAAGCAAGUCCGAGAAAGAGACAGUGGAGCUGCAGAACCCAAUCCACGGGGGAAGGAUUAUGCUUCCCCUGAGCCCAUUUCUUAACCCAAAAAUACACGUGCCAAUUUCGCCCAUAACCACAGGAGACCGGGAAAGCGCAGACCUGCAGGAGAAAAUCCACAACUAUCAGUACAUCAACAAAGGCCUGGCAAGCACGGUGCAGUAUCAGAUGUAUCUCAACAACCUUGUGCUGACAAACAAAAUAUCGACCAGGUCAAGGGCAAACGAGAGGCUGCACAUCCGGCAGGCAGAAAGGCAGGAGAGUAUGCGCAUGCCCGAGGCGACGCCCCGCGAAGACAGCAUGAACGAGCACAGCUUUGAGGAGGAGGUGGUCCGAAAGCCGAAGCGAAGGUCGGCGGCUGCAUACAAAGCAAUACACACGCCAGAGGAGUCUGAAGGCAACGAAAUGGACGAGCUGAGUGUGGAGGAGGAAGAGGACAACGUGGAGAAAAUACUUUCGUACAACGAGAAAGAAAAUACUUUUUAUGUGAAGUACAGAGGAAAGUCGUACCUGCACUGCGAGUGGGCCCCGCACAGCGCUCUUGUGGAGACAAAGACAGGCGAAAUGCGCGUGCGCAGGUUUAUGAAAAACCCUGUUGUCCACGCCGAGGACGCAGACCUGUUUGACCCUGAGCUUGUGGCGGUUGAAAGAAUUAUUGCCGAGGAGGAGGAGUGCAUAGACGAAAACACAGUCCGGAAAAUAUACCUCACCAAGUGGAGAAAGUUUCCGUACGAGUCCUCUACCUUCGAGUACUACGACCAUCUUUCGGACUGCGAGGGAUUCGAGCAGGCCCACGGAGAGUUUGUUCGUAGAAGAGAGAGGGCAACCUUGCAGAGCACGCCGGUCGGAUGGAGGCCGUCCAGAGACAGAGUGCCCGAGCACUUUGUCUUCAAGGGCGGGAGAGAGCUGCGGGCUUACCAGAAAGAGGGAGUUUCGUGGCUUGUCAACAAGUGGCUGUUCAGGCAGAGCUGCAUACUCGCAGACGAAAUGGGGCUGGGAAAGACCGUGCAGAGCGUGGCUCUUAUUGACACAAUUAUUACAAAGUGCGGAAUGAAGAGGCCGGCCUUUGUAGUGGCGCCGCUGUCGACCAUCCCGCACUGGGAAAGGGAGUUUGCUGCCUGGACGGAUUUGCGCGUGCUUGUGUACCAUGGAUCGCAGGCAGCGCGCGAGAUCAUGCAGGACUUUGAGUUUCGCACGGGAAAUGGCCUGCUUUUUGACGUGAUACUCACAACAUACGAAAUGGCAAUUGCGGGGGUGGAGCACCUUGCUGCGGUUUCCUUCGGGGUUGCAGUGCUGGACGAGGCACACAGGCUCAAAAACAGCAGAAGCAAGGCAGCGCAGACGCUCCGAAGCAUUGGGGUGGACCACAAAGUUCUCCUCUCGGGGACGCCGCUGCAGAACAACCUGUCCGAGCUCUGGUCUUUGCUGAACUUCAUAGACGAGGAAAAGUUUCCCUCUCUGAAAGCCUUCCUGGGCGCGUACAAAAUGGAAGAGGCAGACGACGUGGAGAGGAUCCAGCUGCUGCUGCGCCCGCUUAUGCUGCGCCGCAUGAAGGACGACGUGGAAAGCAUCCCCGUGAAGGAGGAAACAAUUGUGGAGGUGGAGCUGACCAUGAUUCAGAAGAGAUUCUACAGGGCAAUACUCGAGAAGAACAUGGAGUUUCUUGGCGCUGCCGGGUCGUCCACGCCAAAUCUCCUGAACAUUAUGAUGGAGCUGAGGAAGUGCUGCAUACACCCAUAUCUGAUUGCAGGGGCAGAAGAGCAGAUUCUUAUGGAGAACGGGCAGGACCCCGCGCAGGAGCACGGCGACAGAAACGAGUACUACAGAAUACUGAUACAAAGCAGCGGAAAGCUUGUGUUCCUGGACAAGCUGCUGGCAAAGCUGCACGGGAACCACAAGGUUCUUGUGUUCUCGCAGAUGACGAAGUGCUUGGACCUGGUCGCUGAGUACCUGCAGUAUAAGGGGUACCUGUACGAAAGAAUAGACGGAACUGUUCGGGGAGACGUGCGGCAGGCCUCCAUCGACCGCUUCAGCACAGACGAAAACUCGUUUGUCUUCCUCCUGUGCACGCGGGCGGGCGGAGUUGGAAUAAACCUGACAGCAGCGGAUACUGUAAUAAUAUUCGACAGCGACUGGAACCCGCAGAACGACCUGCAGGCACAGGCGCGAUGCCACAGAAUAGGGCAGACUGCAGAGGUGAAAAUAUACAGGCUUGUGACAAGAAACACAUACGAAAGAGAGAUGUUUGACCGAGCCAGCAUGAAGCUGGGGCUGGACCGGGCAAUUCUGCACAGGGACAAGGAGCGAGAGUCUGCGCACAACAGGCGCGGCCGGGUAGAGUCUCUUCUGAAGAAGGGCGCGUACGGCGUGCUUAUGGAGGCAGACGACGUGAACCAGAAGUUCUGCGAGGAGGACAUCGACAAAAUCCUUGAGGGCAGAACAAGCGUGGUGCGGCAUGAAGACCAGAGCGGAAACGUCUUCAGCAAGGCGUCUUUCCAAGUUGCCGAAGAAAUCGACGAUCCAGACUUCUGGGAGAACCUGCUCGUGAAGAGGCGUGCAGCCGACGCGGAAAGCAGGCUUAGAAGAGUGCUUAGGAAAAUGGCACGGGCCGGGCUUAUGUCGCCGGAAGAGGCGCAGGCAAGGGCCCAGCAGAUUUCUGCGCUGCAGGAAAAGAUGCCAGCAGGCGCGGGAGAGAACGCCCCAGAGGGCACUUUCAGCGACGAACAGGACAGACUUUCUGACCUGCUUGUGGAGCUGCGCGGCAUAGGAUGCGGGCUUAGCAAAGCGCAGAUGGCGCGGAGCAUCAGAAGGGCCAUUCGCAGCAUAGAAGAGCGCUCGGUGCGCGAGGACUUGGGCAUGGGCCUGGAGUGGGCAACUGCAGAAGAAGAGUCUCCGGAGGAAAAGGGCAGAGCACUUGCUGACACAGUUGACGCACAGAGGCUGCUUUUCAGAUGCCAGGUGGGAGAGCUGCUUAAAGCGUAUGAGGGUGCGCGCGGGGCUGCCGAGAUUGAGUGGAAAAACUGGGCAGUUGAGGACGACACGGUCCUGGUUGAGCAGACGCGGGAAAACGGGUAUGGAAUAUACAAUAUGCAGGUAGACGAAAAAACCCGAAUUGGCCUUUUGAAAAGCGAGAAAGGAAAAGACGCGGCCGUGUACAAGGGAAGGUCAAAGGAGGAGCUGAACUCGCGGCUCAGAAAAAUUCUUCUGGUAAUAAACAGGAAGGAGGAGGCAGACGAGGAGAGCGGAAGUGUUUCCGCGGCCAUUGAGCUGUUUGGACGGCCGUCCCAAAAGAACCGAGAAAGUAUAGUAAAAAUGUACAGGGGAAGAAACAUUAUAACGGAAAUGACAAACAUGAUUGGCAUGAUUGAGGAAAACAUGAAGAAAAGACAGACCCGGCGCAGCGGGUUUGAUGCAGAGCUGGCGAAGGUCCUUACAAACAGGAUAAAUCUGUUUGACAGGCUGGAGCUGCUCAGCCAAGGGCCAGUUCCGGGCCUGCGCAAAACCUCGGGCCUGCCCAGAGGAUGGGGCAAGGAAAAAGACACGCUCAUGGUCGAGUCUCUCCUCGCUGAAGGCCUGACAAAAGAGGUCUGCGACACGCUUGGGAUUGGGGAAGAGGCAGUGCUCAGAAGAGCCGAAGCACUUGUGCGCCACAACCAGACAAAGAGCGAGCAGGAGGAGACCGAAAAACCCCCAACUGACACAUAG